UAGCCACAUUGCUCGAUAAAGGGAACCGACAACUAGGGCUCUUUUCCUCGUGUUCUUCCUCUCGGAUUCCAUACAAUUUCCCUAUUCCCCUCGAUUUGGAACUCCGUUGUCGGGAGCUUGCGAUUUCGAUCGAGAAAGGUGAGGAAGAACCCUAGGUCUGAUUGGAAUUUCGCGUUUGUUUUGGUGGAGUUUUUGCGAUCCCUGAGCCGUUUGGGGAGGAGGCGAACGCGCAGAUAAGUCCCUUUUCCCUCCCAGAUUUGGGCGAUUCCUGGUUAAUUUCGUGGAUUUGUGUGGGAAAAGUUGGAUUUUUGGAUGCGAGAUUAGGUUUGUUUGGUUGUUGGGGAAUCUCCGAGGUGUUUCUGGUGUGUCAGGAAGUGGGGGAAGGAGGGAUUUUGAUGCGGGAUUUGGGGUUUUUCUAGCUAGCUUGGUUUGAUAGAAAACUUGUUAUUCCCACCAAUCCCCAAAUUUCUAUUUGGUCGGAGCAUUUCUUCGAACACUUGGAGUGCUUGGUUUGAGAGAGGGAGCUAGGGUUAUAAUUGGAUAAUGGGUAAGCCUUCGGGAAAGAAGAAGAAGCUUUCCGGAGGCAGAUUGAGCGAGACGAACUCCAGGAAUAGUAGAUCCGGCGAGCACAGCCCGAGAGUCUUCGAUGAGGACAUGACGAUCUUCAUCGAAAUGGCUCAUGAAUUGAAAGAAGAAGGGAAUAAGCUGUUCCAGAGGAGGGAUUACGAAGGGGCCAUUCUCAAGUAUGAUAAAGCUAUUAAGCUUCUCCCCAAGAACCACAUCGAUGUUGCGUACCUCCACAGCAAUAUCGCGGCUUGCUACAUGCAGAUGAGGCCCGAGGAAUACUAUAAAGCAAUCAACGAAUGCAAUAUGGCCCUCGAGGUCUCGCCUAAGUACAGUAAAGCUCUUUUAAAGCGGGCCAAGUGUUUCGAGGCCUUGAACCGAUUGGAUUUGGCGUGGAGAGAUGUUGAUACGGUAGUGCAUUCGGAGCCGAACAAUCUCACCGCGAUGGAGAUUUCUGAGAGGGUUAAGAAGGCGAUGGAGAAGAAAGGCAUCAAGUUGGAUGACAAGGAAGUUGUCUCGCCUCCAGAACCUGUCGUGGUGAAGGAGAAGACUAGGAGGAAGAGGACUCCGAAAUCUGAAGAAAAGGUGGUUGUCAAGGAGGAGAAGAAUAGCGAAGUUAAGGAGGAACCCACGAAAGUUGUGAAAUUAGUGUUUGGAGAGGACAUAAGAUGGGCCCAAAUACCAGCUAAUUGUACCAUGUUGCAGUUGAGAGAGAUCGUUCUUAACAAGUUUCCAGGCUUGAAGGCGAUGCUUGUUAAGUACAAGGAUAAAGAGGGUGACUUGGUCACAAUCACUACGACCGAAGAGCUCAGCUGGGCUGCGGAAUCGGCUGACCCUCAAGGUUCGCUUAGGCUGCACGUUGUAGAAGUCAAUCCCGAGCAGGAACCUCUUUUCGAGGAGGUUAAUAACGGUUCUUCGGUUCAAGGGCUAGAUAGAAGUCAUAACGGCAUAUCAGAAUAUGGGAGCAGUAAGCAUGACGAGGGCCGAAACUCUUCCAACUAUAUAGACCACUGGAUCGUGCAGUUUGCUAGGCUAUUUAAAAACCAUGUGGGUUUCGAUUCUGAUGGGUGUCUGGAUCUUCACGAGAUCGGCAUGAAGUUGUACGCUGAAGCAAUGGAAGACACUAUAACAAGCGAAGAAGCCCAGGAAAUAUUUCAAAUUUCCGAGGAGAAAUUUCAGGAGAUGGCGGCGUUGGCCUUGUUCAAUUGGGGUAAUGUUCAUAUGUCUCGAGCUAGGAAGAGAUUGUUCUUAUCGGAAGAUGCUUCGAAUGAAUCAAUACUUGACCAGGUCAAGGGUGCUUAUGAAUGGGCCCGGGCAGAAUAUAUAAAAGCAGGAAAGAGAUACGAGGAAGCUUUGAAGAUCAAACCGGACUUCUACGAAGGACUUCUUGCACUCGGGCAGCAAAAGUUUGAUCAGGCAAGGCUUUCUUGGUACUAUGCCAUCGGAUCUAAAGUAGACUUAGAGACCUGGCCAUCGUCUGAGGUGUUGGAACUGUUUGAUAGUUCCGAGGAUAAUAUGGAGAGAGGGAUGGAGAUGUGGGAGGAGAUGGAAGAGAAGCGGAUCAAAGAAUUGUCUAAACCUAAUAAAGAAGCUCUACUGUUGCAGAAGAUGGGAUUGGAAGGAUACUUUAAUGAGAUAUCCAAAGAUGAAGCGGCUGAACAGGCUUCCAAUAUGAAGUCACAGAUAAAUAUUUUGUGGGGUACCAUGCUUUAUGAGAGGUCGGUAGUGGAAUUUAAGUUAGGGCUUCCUAUUUGGGAGGAGUGUCUCAUGGCCGCUGUUGAGAAGUUUAAACUUGCUGGGACUUCCCCAAUUGACAUUGCUGUGAUGAUAAAGAACCACUGUGCUAAUGAAACUGCCCAAGAAGGCUUGGGCUUUAAUAUUGAUGAGAUAGUGCAGGCAUGGAAUGAGAUGUAUGAUGCUAAAAGGUGGAUCAGUGGUGUUUCAUCUUUCCGUCUUGAGCCGUUGUUCAGGAGGAGAGCCCCAAAGUUGCAUCAUGUACUAGAGCAUAUGUAGUGCAGUCAAGUUAUUACCGACAGCAACAAAGCAGAGUUGAUAGGCGUCAACGAAAUGAAGGCAUAUAUUCAUAGUGAAAUAGAUUAUUUGCGCUUGGGUGGUACUUUGGGAUUGUUUCAUUCUUAUACAGAAAAAGGAUUUGAUGAUUUUUACGACUACAGAACUUUUUAUAGAAACCAUUCUUCAAACAGGAUUGUAGAUUCUGCUUCUUCUUUUUUUUUUCAUGUUUGCUGGUGACAUAGAAAAGCAAAUCUUAUAUCUCAUAUCAUUUGAUUUUAUUAUUGUGUAGGUGUUUUUGGAAAGAGUGCUUGUAUUUUUUUGUUAUUUUAAAUACUCUACAUGUUUGUAAUGUCUCAAAGUUAUGUACUUUGUAAAAACUUGUAAGAUUGUAAUGUGUGAUGAUUUUAAA